AAGAAGUCCUUUUUAUAGAAUACUUUCUCUUUCAGUGAAAGGAGAAAGCUUUCUCUCUCUUCUUUCUCUCUCUGCAAAAACCCUCGUUUCGUUUCGUGGUUGGCGUAGUUUGCAAUCGACCUAGUUAUGGCGAACAGUAAUCUUCCCCGAAGGAUCAUCAAGGAAACGCAGCGUCUUUUGAGUGAACCUGCUCCGGGAAUUAGUGCUUCCCCAUCAGAAGAUAAUAUGCGUUAUUUUAAUGUGAUGAUCCUUGGCCCAACGCAAUCUCCUUAUGAAGGAGGAGUUUUCAAGUUGGAACUAUUUUUGCCCGAAGAAUAUCCAAUGGCUGCUCCCAAGGUUCGGUUUCUCACCAAGAUAUAUCAUCCAAACAUUGACAAGCUCGGCAGAAUUUGUCUCGAUAUCUUGAAAGACAAAUGGAGUCCUGCUCUUCAGAUACGAACUGUACUUCUGAGCAUUCAAGCACUUCUCAGUGCCCCAAACCCCGACGACCCUCUUUCCGAGAACAUUGCCAAGCAUUGGAAAAGUAACGAAGUUGAGGCCGUCGAAACAGCUAAGGAAUGGACCCGUUUGUAUGCGAGUGGUGCAUAAAGGCAAAGGCUGGAAAACUUUUUCCAUGCCUGGAAAAUAACAUUUUAUUGGAAUGUGUAUGUUAAUUUGAAAGAAAAAUUGGGAGAAUUAAUGAUGCUUUUGAAAAUGGGAGCUUAAAAAAAUGUUGGGUCUAAAUCUUCCCAGUCAUUAUUGGAUGUCAAUUGUUUUCCUCUCUGGGAAAUCUUUUGCCUCUGUAACCUGUAUAAUUAUCAAAUUUUACUUUCUUCUCUGAAAAAAAAUGAAUUGCCCUUUAUUA